UAUUUCGAUGCUGACGACAAUGGUGUUCUCAUCGUCCAUCCAUCCAUAGCGGCCCACAUCGAGGCUGCUAGGGUUUUGCGAAGCGAUCCCUUACGCCUCGGAUCUGAGAAGGGGAAGCGAAGGCACGGGCCAUGGACGGCGGCGACGAGGGCGUCGUCGUGGCUCCAAUAGGCGACGAAUCUAUGUGCUCCAACGGCGGCGCCGUGGACGAUCCGCGCCGGCCGCCGGCGAGUUCAGGCAAGGCGGCCGCAGGCGGCGGUGAGCAGAUGGACUUGGAGGCUUACGUUGCGCUCUACACAGGUCGGACCAGGGUGUCGCGGUUGCUCUUCAUCGCCGAGCGGUGCGGCAACGAGGGGAUGCAGCUGGAGGCCCUCCGCAUGGCCCACGACGAGAUCAAGAAGGGGGAGGAUUCGCACCUCUACCGGGAGGUCAUUGCCAAGAUCGGCGGCCGGCUCGGUCCGCUGUAUGCCCUCGACCAGACGUGGGUGGACAUGGUCGAUCGCCGCGCCGAGGCGCGCAAGGAGAAGCUCGAGAACGAGCUCAAUUCCUAUAAGACAAAUUUGAUCAAAGAAAGCAUCAGAAUGGGUUUCAAUGAUUUGGCAGAUUUUUUCUAUGCCCAUGGUCAACUUGGUGAUGCCUUCAAGAAUUAUGUCCGCACUCGUGACUACUGCACUAGUUCAAAACACAUAAGCCAGAUGUGUUUAAAUGUUAUCCUGGUCAGCAUUGAGUUGGGCCAAUUCAUGCAUGUAUCCAAUUAUGUAAGCAAAGCAGAGCAAGCACCAGAGCAGGUGGACCCUAUAACCCAUUCAAAACUACGAUGUGCUGCUGGGUUGGCUUACAUGGAAACAAAAAAAUAUAAGCUCGCCGCUCGUAAGUUUUUGGAAACAGGACCUGAACUGGGUAACAAUUAUACAGAUGUGAUAGCACAACAAGAUGUUGCUACAUAUGGAGGACUUUGUGCACUUGCUUCUUUUGAUCGGACAGAGCUAAAGAACAAAGUCAUUGACAACAUUAACUUCAGAAAUUUUUUAGAGUUGGUGCCUGAAGUUAGAGAACUUAUUAAUGACUUCUAUGCAAGUCGCUAUGCCUCAUGCUUGGAGUAUCUUGAGAACCUCAAACCGAAUCUACUGCUGGAUAUCCAUUUGCAUGAUCAUGUCGAAACACUUUACACUGAUAUUCGGCACAAAGCCAUCAUUCAGUAUACGCAUCCGUUCAUUUCUGUUGAUUUACACACAAUGGCCGGUGCCUUCAAAACUAGUGUUGCUGGGUUAGAGAAAGAACUUGAAGCUUUAAUCACUGAUGACAAAAUUCAAGCUCGAAUAGAUUCUCACAACAAAAUUCUUUACGCAAGGCAUGCUGAUCAAAGAAAUGCUACCUUCCAGCGUGUCCUACAAACUGGUGUGGAAUUCGAGAGAGACGUAAGGUCCAUGUUGAUGAGAGCCAAUUUGAUUAAACAAGAAAGCAUACUCAGGGCAGCAAGGAAACUUUGAAGCUGAAUGGUGAUUUCGUAGGUGGGAGGCUUUAGAUUUGCACCUGAUGUGAAUGAAAGAUGAUGUUUUUUUUUCCUCCUUUUUUUGCAUUUUGACAUCAAGUCCAUGAUUAAUUUUGGGGCAUCUACAUGUACUUGCAGAGCAGGGACCUGCGUUGGUAAUCGUUAUGUUGUUGUAUAUACUUGGAGGAAGAAAAUUAUCCACAGACAGCCAAAUUCAUGUUUUAACA